GAACUGAUGUUACAAUUAUUUCUAAAAGUUUUUGGCCAAAGUCUUGGCCUUUACAACAAGUUCCUACUGUUCUUACUGGAAUAGGAACUAUGACUGAUAUAUUUCAAAGUCAACAAAUUUUAAAUUGUUCAGGCCCUGAUAAACAGACAGCCACUUUAAAACCUUAUGUGGCUAACAUUGCUAUUAAUCUAUGGAAAAGGGAUUUGUUACAACAAUGGGGAGCAUACGUCAGUAUACUAAUAUAUCUGGUCCUGCUAACACAUUACUAGCAUUCCUUAUUAUCUUCAAAGACAAGGUAUUAUAGAACGUACACAUCAAACUCUAAAGAACAUGUUAUUAAAACAAAAAGGGAGAGGUAGACAGUCUCCCAAAGAUAGAAUAAAUCAAGCCUUAUUUACUUUAAAAUUUUUGAAUAUUCGUAAGGAAGAUAAGUUAACAGCAAUAGAAAAGCAUUGGAAUGGGAGUUGACAAUCACACUCUUUCUCUCACCAGCCUAUCUGGUCAAAAGAAUAUAUAGAAAAUAAAUGAAAAGAAGGAUGGGCAAAGGUGUGGGGGAGAGUUUUUGCUUGUGUUUUCACAGAUGAUGGACAAACAGUCUGGACUCCAAGCAGAAGAAUCAAGCCCAAAGUGGAAGACACGUCAGGCACAGAUCAUGACGUGGGGACAGCUGAAGAGAACAUACAAAGCAGCAGACAGGACAUUGAACCAGACAUCUGUACCUAAAACGUCUGUAAAUAUUUUUCUUGCCAUGAUCUGCAUGUUUGGAGAAAACUCCGAAGAAGACAAGAAUCCGGAGACCAAUGCCUCGCUGUGAUGGCUGUCCAACUCCAUCAACUUUCUUCAAAAAAUAAAAAAAGGGGGAGAUGUUGAGCCUAAGAAUACUCCUUUAUAGAAAAAUGCCCCC